AUGCAUACCGAACAAUACACAGAUAUAUCCAUUAAAAUAUCACGGUUGCUGCUGAAAAUCACGGGUAUUUGGAAAUCGGCGAACAAAACCGAAGAUAGGCAAAGAAAAUUCGCGGUGUUCUAUACCAUGAUUACAAGCGCUUAUAGCAUGUACGUGAACGUCGCGGAUAUUUAUCACAAUUUGAACGAUUUGGACCGUUGUAUCUUUCUGGCAGCCAACGUAUUGAACACGAUAUUGGUGAUGUUUAAAAUUUCGAUAAUAAAUCUUUAUAAAACGGAAUUCUCUCAUAUAAUCGUAUAUGCCCAAAAGCAUUUUUGGCACUUGAAUUAUGAUCUCGAUGAGAAGAUACUUUUCGCGGAAUGCAAGAAAGUUUGCAAACUGUGGUCGCUAUUUAUAAUCCUUGUUAUACAAAUUAUUGCCUCCUUCUAUGCAGUUGCACCAAUCUGCGCGAACAUUAGAAGCAAUAGCUCAGAGAGAGCACUUCCGGUCGCAAUGUGGGUCGAUCUGCCGAUAUACGUGACACCGUAUUACGAAAUAAUGUUCGUCAUUCAGCUAGCGACUGUGCAACAAAUCUGUGUAGCCUAUAUGGCCUGCGACAACUUCUUAUGCAUACUGAAUAUGCACGUGAUCUGCCAAUUCCGCAUCCUGCAUAACAGGCUUUUGAACCUAUGGAAGAUCAUCGACCAGCAAACGGAUAAGGUCGAUUACACCGACAAGUGCUACGCAGCGUUGAAAAAAUGCAUUCGGCAGCAUCAGUCGUUGAUCAAAUUCUGCGAAAGGCUCGAAUAUGUUUAUAAAUUACCAAUCUUCGGCCAUAUAGUCAUCUUUAGCUUGCUGAUGUGUUUCGACACGUACGAGAUACUUUUGGCAGAUGUAUCCCCUGGUACACGACUGAUUUUCGUGUUCCACAUGUUCGGUAACUUUAUCCAUAUAAUUUUCUUUACGUACACUUGCCACGGCUUAAUGGAGGAAAGUUCGAAUAUUAGCUUGGCAACGUACUCAGGCUGGUGGACGACUUUGCCAAUGACCGAAACUGGCAGAAUGUUACGAGAAGACGUGAAGAUAAUGAUAAUGAAAUCAACGCGACCAUGCUAUCUGACCGCCGGUGGAUUCUUUCCUGUAUCUUUGGAAACAUCUACCGCGCUUAUGAGUACUACAAUGUCAUACUUUACGCUCAUAAGGGAAUCGUCUUUGAAAAUGAAGAAUAAAUAA